AUGCUAUCUAGUAGAUUGUUCAUUAGAAGUAUUGUUAGAAAUAGUUUUUGUCGAUAUACACUUGACUCCAGUAGACUAUAUUCAAUUAAGAUGAGUGAUAACAAUAGUACGAAACCAACCAUUGAGCCAUCGGUUCAAGGUGAAGUUCCAGUCAAGAAACAAAAGACUGCCAAAGAAUUAGAAAAAGAACGUAAGAAGGCCGAAAAAUUAGCCAAAUUCAACGCUAAGAAGGCCAAGCAAGUUGAAGAUUCCAAGACUAAACCAGCUGAAGCUAAAAAGCCAAAGAAGGAAAAGAAGGUUGCGGAGGAAGUUCCUGAAUUUAAAGAUGAAACCAAGCCAGGUGAAAAGAAAGUAUUAGUAUCAUUAGAUAACCCAGCUUUCAAAGCUUAUAGUCCAAAGAAUGUUGAAAGCUCGUGGUACAGCUGGUGGGAUAAGCAAGGUUUAUUUCAACCAGAAUUGACCGAUUCGGGUGAAAUUAAGCCUCAAGGUGCUUUUACUAUCCCAGCACCACCACCAAAUGUUACUGGUGCUUUGCACAUUGGACAUGCUUUAACUAUUGCGAUUCAAGACACUUUAAUCAGAUACUACAGAAUGAAGGGUAAGACCACCUUGUUUUUACCAGGGUUCGAUCAUGCAGGUAUUGCAACCCAAUCUGUCGUCGAAAAACAAAUUUGGGCUAAUGAAAAGAAAACCAGACAUGAUUACGGUCGUGAAAAGUUCAUUGAAAAAGUUUGGGAAUGGAAAGAAGAAUACCAUGGUAGAAUUAAAAACCAAGUGAAAAAAUUAGGUGCGUCUUAUGAUUGGAGUAGAGAAGCAUUCACUUUAAACCCGGACUUAUCUGAAUCCGUUACGGAAGCCUUUGUAAGAUUACAUGAAGAUGGUACUAUUUACAGAGCAUCAAGAUUAGUUAAUUGGUCUGUGAAGUUGAACACUGCUAUUUCUAAUUUAGAAGUUGACAAUAAAAAUAUUGGUGGGAAAACAUUAUUGUCUGUCCCAGGAUAUGAAUCGAAAAUUGAAUUUGGUACUUUGACCUCAUUCUCCUAUCCAGUUGAAAAUUCCGACGAAAAGAUCACAGUCGCCACUACUAGACCUGAAACUAUGUUUGGUGAUACUGGUGUUGCAGUUCAUCCAAAUGAUCCACGUUAUAAACAUUUACAUGGUAAGUUUGUUCUUCAUCCAUUUUUGGAUCGUAAAAUACCUAUUAUCACUGAUUCAGAAGCUGUCGAUAUGGAAUUUGGUACUGGUGCUGUUAAGAUCACUCCAGCUCAUGACCAAAACGAUUACAAUACUGGUAAAAGAAACAAUUUAGAAUUUGUUAAUAUUUACACAGAUGACGGUUUCUUGAAUGAAAACUGUGGUGAAGAAUGGAAGGGAAUGAAGAGAUUUGAUGCCAGAGCUAAGGUUAUUGAAGAAUUGAAAGCCAAGGACUUGUUUGUUGACCAAAAGGAUAAUGAAAUGACUAUUCCUAUUUGUUCUAGAUCUGGUGAUAUUAUUGAACCAUUAUUGAAACCACAAUGGUGGGUAAACCAGAAAGAUAUGGCUGUUGAAGCCAUCAAGGCUGUGAAGAGUGGUGAAAUCACCAUUACUCCUAAGACCUCAGAAGCUGAGUAUUUCCACUGGUUAGAAAACAUCCAAGAUUGGUGUAUCUCUCGUCAAUUAUGGUGGGGUCACAGAUGCCCUGUUUACUUCGUUACCUUUGAUGGUGCUGAAAACGAUAGGUUGAACAAUGAUUACUGGAUUGCUGGUAGAUCUUAUGAAGAAGCUCUUGAAAAGGCACAAAAGAAAUUCCCAAACCAAACUUUUACCUUAGAACAAGAUGAAGAUGUCUUAGAUACCUGGUUUUCGUCUGGUUUAUGGCCAUUCUCUACUCUUGGAUGGCCAAAUAAGACUAACGACAUGGAAUUAUAUAAUCCUAUGUCAAUGUUAGAAACUGGUUGGGAUAUUUUAUUCUUCUGGGUCAGUCGUAUGAUCUUAUUGGGUCUUAAAUUAACCGGUAAAGUCCCAUUUAAGGAAGUUUUCUGUCAUUCAUUGGUUCGUGAUGCCCAGGGACGUAAGAUGUCCAAAUCCUUAGGAAAUGUUAUUGAUCCAUUGGAUGUUAUCGCUGGUAUUCCAUUGCAAGGAUUACAUGAUAAGUUAAAGACUGGUAACUUAGAUCCAAAAGAAUUGCAAAAGGCCACUGAUGGACAAAAAGCAUCUUAUCCAAACGGUAUUCCGGAAUGUGGUACUGACGCGUUGAGAUUUGCGUUAUGUGCUUAUAGUACUGGUGGUAGAGAUAUCAACUUGGAUAUUUUAAGAGUUGAAGGUUACCGUAAAUUCUGUAACAAAAUUUAUCAGGCCACUAAAUUCGUUUUAGGUAAAUUAGGGGAAGAUUACAAACCACCUGCUACUUCAGCUAAAUCUGGUAAUGAAUCAUUAGUUGAAAAAUGGAUUUUACACAAAUUAACUACAACUGCAAAGAAUUUGUCUGCUAGCUUGGAGAAGCGUGAUUUCUUCGAAUCUACUAAUGCUAUCUAUAACUUUUGGUAUGAUUUAUGUGAUGUUUACAUUGAAAAUUCUAAGUCAUUAAUCCAAGAUGGUACUCCAGAACAAAAGAAAUCAGCCCAAGAUACCUUAUACAGUUGUAUUGAUAGUGCAUUAAGAAUGAUCCAUCCAUUUAUGCCAUUCGUUACUGAAGAAAUGUGGCAAAGAUUGCCACGUAGAGAAGGCGAAAAGACUAUCUCUAUUGUCACCGCACCUUUCCCAGAAUACGAUACCGCAUUUGAUGAUGCAAAGUCUUUGGAAGCCUACGAAUUGAUUUUGGAAAUCACCAAAGGUGCUAGAUCUUUGUUGUCGCAAUACAAUAUUUUGAAGAAUGGUCAAGUAUAUGUUGAGUCUUCAAAUGAAAGCAUCAACAAUAUUGCUUCUGAACAACAAGAUUCUAUUGUUUCUUUGAUUAAGGGUGUUGAAAAGAUUGAUAUUGUCAAGAAAGCAGAAGAGGUUCCUUCCGGUUGUGCUUUACAAGCUAUCAACACCGAAUGUACUGUACACGUGUUGGUUAAGGGUCAAAUCAAUUUGGAUACUGAAAUUUCUAAGGUCAACAAGAAAUUGAAUACCGUUUUGGAAUUCCAAUCUAAGAUAAAUGAUUCCAUCAGCAAAUUCACUGAUAAAACCAAACAAGAAGCUAAAGAUGCUGCUUUCAAGAGAGCUGAAAACUACAAGGCAGAAAUAGAGGGUUACGAGCAGACAAUCGCUAUCUUAGAAAAAUUAAAGCUUUAG